GUGAUCAUAUGUUUUGUUUACAUAUUUAAAAAUAUUUAUGUGUGUACAUUACAGAAUUUUAUAUUUUAUAUUGUUUAUAUCAACUCAGAAAAAAAAACCCUUUGAAUCAAAUUGGAAUAUAUAAAGUAACAUGAAAAAUAAAAGAUUGCGAUAGAAAAAAUCGUACACAUUUUAUAAAGAAGGAAAAGUGAUUUUAAAAUACAUACAUAAAUACAUAUUUGGAUAUAAAGCAUGGAAAAAACUGAUGACUAUACUGAAGAUGAAUAUUUUGUCUACAUUGAUUUCCAAAAUAACUUAACAUCACUUGAAGCAGAUGAUCCACGUUUAGAUAUUAAAAUAAUUGGAAUCGAUACAGAAAAUCCAGUGAUGGAAGUUAAUGGAAAAACUUUCAAAGGCACUUAUGAAUAUUCAUACUGUACAAAUGUUUUAUUUGAAAAAGAUAUAAACCCUCCAAUUUUGGAUCCAAUUUAUGAAAAAACUUCUGAAAAAUUUUAUUGUUUGACUGGCAAAACCAACAAAAAAAUCACAAUGAAACGAAUAUUUUUAGAACCUAAAAAUAAAUCUGAAAAUGAAACAAGUAAUAAAGAAAAUGCUAGACAGGAAACAUUAGAAGAAAUUAAGGAAAGGCUGGAAGUAGAUGCUACAUACGAAGAUGCUUUAAAUUUAUUGUUACCGCCUGGUAGAGUAGCUCCUAGAAAAAUUGAAGGCUCUGAAAGCUAUCAAACUCAACAUACUGUAAAUGAAUCUAAAUACAAUAUAUCGAAUUUCAAAAAUUUGGAAGAGCUUUAUAACUUUGUUGAAGACUGUGAUGAUGAUGAUAUUAAAGAUCCAGAUUAUAAUCCGAAAAAAGAUAUAUGAAAGUAUGCUCGUGCACGUAACUUUUUUAAAAUUAUAUACCUUUAUUUCCUUAAUUUUUAUCACAAUAUAAAAUAUGUUAAAUAAUAUAGAAUGCAUUUAUCCUAAAUAAACCUAAAUAUUUUCAUAAUUUU